UUUGCUUUCAAACCGACUUCUUUCUUCUUCUUCUUUUUAAUUAUGCUUUAUUUGUUUAUUCUUCUGAGAAAUUGUUUAAAAUUCAUGAGACGUUGGAUUGCAUGGAUUGACUCGGAGAAUGUUGAGUUCGUUUAACGGCUUAAAUUGUAUCAAGAUCUAGGCUGGUCGAAACAAUGCCGACUUUUGUUCUCCUUAAAAUUCUAUUCCUAACCGUGCGAACAUAGGCUUAAGAUGAGGUCUUGAGGUGAACUGAUCUGAUAUUCUGCCUAUUAUUCUUACUCUGGAAUUCCUAUGUUUCACCUGAAUUCUAUUUACACUUGUGAAUCCCAACUAGAGACCUCCUUAAAAUUUUAUUUCCCCACCUAUUUGGAAAGAGCUACUAUUCCAUUGGUCACUUUUCAGUCGAAAGCCUGUAAGUUUCAUAGAUCACUUUUCUCAGGGUGCUCGUAGAUCAGGGAAUAAAAAAAAAACCACUUCUCAUUCAGAAGCGGGAAAGGACAGAUGAAUUAAGCGGUCAUCUUGAUCUUUGUAGAAAAUAAAAGCAUUUCCAAAAAUUCAAAGCCAUGAACACAGGGAAUCGACUAAGUAGAGCUAAGCGAUCUAUUGAAUGAAGGGCAGGGUGAUCGAAGAUCAGGAACGGCUUGUUUUGUGUGUGCCAAUCACGUGUGGCGAUUCAGCCGGUAGAGAAGGUCAGGUUGGAGCUUUUGCUAAUACCGAUGAGCGAGGAGCUGGGCACAAGGAGUUACAAUAGUGAGGCACUAGGAUUGGAAUGAAAUGAAGAAUUAGUUCCAGGAGAGCAAAAACCAGGCCAAUCCGUUGUAGUUGAGCUUCACUCAAGUUCUUAGUGUGCACAACCAGCCAACAAUGCUAAUCACAUUGUCUCCCUGCAGAUUGUCCUCAUCCUCUUCAACAAGCGACGAAAGUAUACAAACACGCCCUGGAUCAGAAUCCUGAUUUGGUCGGCAUACCUAUCAGCAGAUUGGGUGGCAACGGUAUCCCUGGGCACCCUCUCCAGCAGCCAAGGAGAUUCGGAUGGUAAAUUUUUGGAUCCGAACUACAUCCUCAUGGCAUUUUGGGCACCAUUUCUUCUCCUACACCUUGGUGGCCCGGAUACCAUCACUGCUUACUCCUUGGAAGACAAUGAGUUGUGGUUAAGGCACUUGCUUGGUCUAGUUGUUCAAGUUGGAGUGGCUUUUUAUGUGUUUCUGAGGUCAUGGGCAGGAACUCGACUCACAUUUCUGUCCAUUCCAAUGUUUGUUGCUGGAAUUAUCAAGUAUGGAGAGAGGACUUGGGUUCUCAUGUCUACAAGCAACAAUCACUUGAGAGAGUCUUUGCUUCCAUCUCCCGAUCCUGGACCGGAUUAUGUUGAAAUCAUGAGAGAAGCUACAGCGAUUGUAUUUCACAAAGAUAAGGGCGACAUUACUAGUCCUGAUGGAAAAUAUAUUGAUGAAGCUUACUCCUUAUUUGAUAAAGCUUACUCCUUAUUCAAGAACCAAUUCCGGCAUCUAUAUGCAGACCUCAUCCUUAGCUUUAGUGACAGAAAAAACAGUGAGCCCAUCAUCAGGCACCUGUCACCCGAAGAGGCCUUCCAAGUGGUAGAGAUGGAGGUCAGCUUUAUGUAUGAUGUGCUCUACACCAAGGCAACUGUGGUUUAUUCUCUCCUGGGCAUUCUUUUCCGCACUGCUAGCUUCUUCUCUACUAUUUCUACCUUAGUGAUCUUCUGCUUCUUCAUCGAUAAGCAUGAGUUCUCAAACAUUGACAUCAACAUUACUUACUUAUUACUCUUAGGAGCUAUUUUUCUAGAGAUUUAUGCUAUCAUUAUGCUGAUUUUAUCUGACUGGAGCAUCGUCUGGUUGAGCAGUAAGAAGAACUCCCUCACUGAUUCCAUUUGCCGGGCCAUCACCCCUUUUCGAUCAGUUUUAACCAGUGACAAGAGAUGGUCUGGACGCAUGGCACAGAACAACUUAAUUAAUUCUUGCCUCAGAGACAACACUAAGUUCAAUCAGGUUCCCAGGUUCUUUGACAUGAACAGAUUCUUAGAGAGGUACUGGUACAUGAAUGGGAGAAGGUGGAUGACAUGA